AAAAUUGGUUUAUUUAUUUGUGUUAGGCUGUUAAGAUAGGUUAGCUAAUAGCUAGGUUCAAACUACAAAGUUAUUAUAUAUUUUUCGAUGUGUUAGUUUAUAAAAUACAAUUAUCUCAGAAUUAUAAACAACAAAGUACCUAUAUGGUUUACAGCUCUAAAACUUCUGAUUGUACAUACACAGACCAAAAUGUUUAGAAGCCUAAUGAGAUUAAGUGUUUUAAAAUGUUGCAAUAACUCUAGACCAAGUGCAAAUAAUAAUAUUACGUAUUCAUGUUUUCAUACCAAUUCCGUAGAAUUCGCAGCGGUGAAAAAGACUACAUCAGCUGCUGGAGGUGUAAUGGGCUUGGGGCGAGGGAAGAAAAAGGGGGGCAAAGUGGGUACAGUGGAGAAGAAACUACUACCAGUGGAGACGGACCCGGAGAAACUAGUUAAUUUUGUAUGUGGCUCCAAUAUUUAUGUGACUGGUGAAGAUGUAAAGAUAAAGGAGGACAGUGAGUACCCCGAUUGGCUUUGGAGUCUCAACACUGGGAAACCUCCCCGAAUAGAGGAUUUGGAUCCUAACACCAAGGAGUACUGGAAGAGAGUCCGAGCAGCUGGCAUGAGGCGGAACAAUAAACUCAAGUCCAUGAAAAAGUUUUAGAUUUAUUUAGAUGUUGUUUAAUUAGUGAUGAUGUAAAAACAGUUCUUCAUCAAUUAGAUUUUUAAAAGCUUGUUAAA